UGUCUUCAUAAAGAGCAAUUUCUCCGACAAUUGGUGGGAUCUGCUAGCAUCUCUACCAAACAUCAUAAGGGCAAAGCUGGAGAGAUUAAGCUUGUUAAUAGUGGUGACACCUCAGAUGAUGACACUGAAUCACAUGAAGAGGCUCGAUCUUGUAGUUCUUCACUGCCCCUCUUCACAACCAUGGAUAUUGAUCUGAACAGUGAUGGACAACUUAAGUCAAUCGCAAACCAAUUUGCUUAUGAUGAAUCGGAUUUGUCGUCCGAAAAUGCUCCGAAUGCUUUACUAAGUAUCAAUCGACAUGUCCUAUUCCGACUUCUCGUCUGCCUGACUGGCCUCUUCUCACGCCUUCCCCGGGUUGACCAGUCAGCCCCAUCGAUGCAGGCAUCUGCAGGAAUGCAAGCUGCCAAGGCGCUAGUUGAUCCAGUUUUUCUUUGCCUGAUUCUCUUCACAGAUAUGUCUUGGCUAAAGCGUCAAGUCGUCCUAUGCCUUAUCGAACUCUCAUCUAUCUAUCCGCUAGUGAAAUCAACUAUCUAA